AUGUCAGUGUUCGGUAAGUACCUAGGUUACGUGUACAGUACAGAGAUACACACGUAGGUACCUAUCGCUUCGCUUCGUUGUGACGUGUCGUGCGUUGCGUGGUGCAGAGUGCAAGCAAACUGCAACACAAAACAAACAAGGGUGCAGCGAAUUGCAAAUAAUUUAUCGUGCGUGGUAUUUGCUGGUGUACGUGUCCGUGGCCGCGUGGCGGUAUCGUUGUUAGAGCUUGUUUAAUAAUUUGAGACCUAUUCUGAAUAAUAAGUAGGUACUUACAUAGACACCUAAUCUCAUACGAAUAUUGAAGGAAAAAUAAUUAUAUAUUAUUAGGUAUCUACAAUUGAAUAAAGCUCAAUUAUUGAAAAUGACCACGGCAGCAAGGCCCACUUUUGAUCCGGCUAGAGGUGGACAAGGACGCGGCGAAAAGGAUUUGAGCGCUAUAUCUCGACAGUACUCCAGUAGAGAUCUGCCUGGACAUACGAAAUUAAAAUACAGACACCGAGGACAAGGCACCACUGAAGAGUUACGAUCAAGGGAUUUUCGCAAAGAACUAGACGAUAGAGAAAAAGAAAUUAAAGGCCCGAGCACAAGAAGGCUAAAUGAACCAUCCGCAAAGAGAGCCAAAGUGGAUCAAGUACCCGCUGCAAUUUUGGAUGCGGAUGAUCCCCUUGAAGGAGAUACUUCAGAAUCGGAUGAUUCCGAUGAUGACACUGCGGCAUUAUUAGAGGAAUUGAACAAAAUAAAAAAAGAGCGAGCAACAGAACAGGCAAAGAAGGAAGCUGAAAAGAAACGAGAAGAGGAGAGAAUACGAAUGGAAAACGUUUUUUCUGGGAAUCCUCUGUUGAAUUACUCGGGAGCAGAACAAAAAAAUUAUAUGAAGGUGAAAAGAAGAUGGGAUGGUGAUGUCGUUUUCAAAAACUGUGCUCGUUCUGAGCCACAAAAGAAAGGCAACACAUUUAUCAAUGACUCACUUAGGUCAGAAUUUCAUAAAAAAACCAUGGAAAAAUAUGUUAAAUAAUGAUAGUGUUAUUGAUUUUUUUGAGCUCUUAAUCUGUGAUUAGUCUGCUACUUUUAGCAGACGAUAAUCUAUUUGUUACAUUUUAAAACAAAAAAAAAAAAUGUUGUUUUCUUAUCAGCACAGUAUAAUAUUUUUCCAUGAUUUGUUAUAGUGAGCCAACAAAAACUGUACGAAAUCAGUAUUAAACAAGCAUUCUAUACAAUGCCUAUGUAUGGCUAUGUAUUAAAGGGCCCUAAGGCCGAUGUCUCAUUAGGUUAGGUGUUAUGUAUAAAUAUCAAUUUUAAUGAACGCUUUGUAUUUUUUUAUUUUUAUAUAUGUAAUUAUGUCUUCAUAUUACCCCUUUGUUUUAUAACAUCUUAGAUUAGAAGGGAGCGAAGCCCCGUGCAGAAUUUUGUUUAAAAUAAUAAUAGUAUUAAUUAUCGUUUAUGUAAUUAUUUGUAUAAAUUUUUUUUAUGAACCUACUUGUAUGGUUUU